AUGCCUCACCUACGACGACAACCAAACCCCCACGAUUUCCCGGCCCCUAAUGGUCCCAGUGCCCCAGGCAGCCUCCGCGCGCAAUUCCAAACCCCUCCCUCGCGACAAACCCCCUCCAACCCAACCCGCCUCCACGCAUCUUCCACAGGCCCCCAAGAAAUCACACCCGAUCCCACUGCUGCUAUAGCCCAUCCCGCCGCGCAAUCUGAUUUCUUCUCUAUUUUCAGUCGGCCGAGGCUUGAACAACAGCCCCCGCCGGUAGUGGACGAGGAGGACGUGCUCGACGACGACUUUGAUCCGAAUGCGCAAGACAUGGAGCCGGACGAGGAGUUCGAGGAGGAUUUGAUUCCGGAGGAUGAAGAUCAACUCGAGCCGGAAGAUGAUAUGGAGGACUCGGAGUUAGUAGAUGAAGAAGAGCUCGACGAGGAAGUCGACGAUGGACUUGAAGAUGACCAGGACGAGGAAAUGCACGAUCGCGAGAAAUCACCCUCGCCCCUCCCACCCAACCUCCGAGAGAUCUCAUCUCUCGCGUCCUGGACAGUCUCAACCUCGAAACCAGGCUGCGGCGUUGCUGCACUCCGACACCCGUCCCCUUCCCAAUACUGGCAAUCAGACGGUCCACAGCCUCAUACCUUAACCCUCCACUUCUUCAAACUCGUCGCUGUCGUCCGCAUCCGCGUAUACCUCGACUUUGAGCUCGAUGAAAGCUAUACGCCCACAAAAAUGAUCUUCCUAGCCGGCAUGGGCGGUAAUGACCUCGUCGAGUUCGGCACCUGGGAAGGAGACGGUCCCUGUGGCUGGGUCGACGUACCGCUAGAAGGCGUUGGAGGCCGGAAUGGUGGCUGGGUACGCGACGAUGCAGUCCGACAUGAACGAAAAUCAAAGGGCGGUAGCAAUGAGGAAGCAGAAGAUGAUGAUGAAGAGCCAGCGGACGAAGACCCGUACGCGGGGAACGUGCUGAAGGCGAUGGUGAUCCAGAUGCGGAUCAUGGAGAAUCAUCAGAAUGGAAAGGAUACGCAUGUGCGCGGCUUCCAGGUGUUUGCGUGUGAUGAUAGUAGGCGGCGGAUGGCUGGUGCGCCGUCUGCUUCUGCGGAUGGGAGGAGGAGGCGGAGUAUGAGGCAGUCUUUGAGGGGGAAUGUGCUUGAUGCGCUCAGUGGGAGGAGGGAGAAUGAGAAUGUCGAUACGGGGAGGCUUGUUGAGACUUCUGGGUUGGAAGAGCCGGAUUGGAUGGGGGAGCCUGUUAUUCGAUGA